AUGGCUCCCAUUGCAAUCCUGAAACGGAGCAAGCAAUUACAAACUGCAAAGAGAAACAGUUCUGUGCACAUCCACAGCUGUGUGUCAACAGCCACGCUUCCGUCUGGGAGCGUGCUGGCUUUGCAAAGGACUGCCAAGCACCUGAUUCUGUGCAGAAUUAAAGCAGACACCUCAGCGUGGACUCCGACUCUGCGCGCUUACCGGCUGCGUGCACCGGCCACCGGCCCAGCCCCCAGUCGGGAUGAGGCGCUCAUCACGACUGCAAAACACAGCACCGUAACAGCCACCGCAAAGAGAAGGAACUCCACCCAGUCACAGCCAGCACAAGCAGCCUGCGCGCACGCGCUGCCCGCCCUUCCGUUGCUCAGCCAGCUGCCGUCGGGGACCGGGUCCCGGCUCGCCGUGCCUGAGGCGUCUCGGAGUCCUGGGAACAGCCCUGGGCCGCUCCCUGCCGGGGGAAGCGGCUGCUCUUUCGGCCGCCCCUCAGAGCGGCCCUGGGCUCACUGUGCCGCCUGGAGCGGUGGGCGUCUCGUCCUCGUCCCUCGCAGCGGGGCACGGUCGUCUUGUUCUGAGGUACCCCGGUACCACAGGGCGCUGACAAUGGCUUCUGCUUGGGAGAGGAAGUACUACUACUCCGAUCUGGGGAAGAAAGUGGUGCUUCUCCCCAGCCUCCUUCUCCGUGAGGAGUUCAAAGACAUUGGUUACCCCAUGAUUUUUGAGGGAGUGCUGCUCCUGGCCGAUGUCUCAGGUUUCACUGCCUUGGCAGAGAAGUGCAUCCAGCAGAGCGGCCCAGAGAGAGGAGCUGAGGAGAUGGUGCAAACCCUCAACGCCUACAUGGGUGACAUUCUGGAACAGGUGCUGGCUUUUGGAGGAGACAUCCUGAAGUUUGCAGGGGAUGCCAUGCUGGUGCUGUGGAGAGCAGCAGGGCCUCAGCUGCCUACGGCCAUCAACCUGGCGCUGCAGUGCUGCAGGAAGGUCCAGAAGAAGUACGGCACUUAUGACACGCACAGUGGUCUCAAGCUCCACCUGAAGAUAGGGAUCUCCGCCGGGAUGCUCUCCUUCAUGUCCGUCAGAGGCGGGGAUCGUCAGUUCUUCUUCGUCUGCAGCGGAGCCCUGGACGAAGUUGUCAAGGCCCAAAAGCUUUCGGCUGCCCAUGAGGUAGUGCUGUCACAGACCUGCUGGGAGCUGUGUGAUCAGCAGCGAAUCAGGGCCAAGCCUCUUGCUGGCAAAGGGGCCGUGAAGGUUGUGGGAAUGAGGCGCUUAGCUCGCCGAGAAUGGAAAGAUGCUGUAGUCCAGCUGAGCAGUGCCAGAGGGGAGAGGCAUUUGAAAGGGACGGGCCUCCGAAGGCCGACUCUUAGGAUGUGCGAUGAUUCUGAACUGGCAGCGAGGCUGGAGAAGUACUUAUCGACAGCUGUUCUCCGGAAGCUUCGUGAGGACGUGCCGCUGGAGCUGUGCUCUGAGCUACGGCCCGUCACCAGCCUCUUUGUCCAGCUGAAGUUUGCUGACAGGAUCAACGCAAUCGAGCUCAGCAGCAGCCUCGGUGACUGCAGCAACACGAUUUCAGGCAUCAUCAGCCCUCACAAGGGUGAAAUCAACAAAACUCUUCUGUUUGACAAAGGCUGCACCUUCCUCUGCGUGUUUGGAUUUCCUGGAGAAAAGCUGGCCCACGAGAUCACCCACGCCUUGGAAUGCGCUAUGCAGAUCUUCCACAUGACCUCCAUGGGCCUGAGAAAACUCCAGCUAGUGUCUGUUGGGGUCAGCAGCGGGGCAGCGUUCUGCGGCUUCACUGGCCAUCCCGAGAGGUUUGAACACACAGGUAGGGCUCCUUUGUCUUAGGAGUGUGAGGCUGGCAUG